AUGAUCAGGGUUAAUCUUGCGUACAUGCUUUUCAUGAUUCUAAAAAUGGCUGCGGCGAUGGACGUUGACGAAGAAGUGCCAACUGGGAGCACAGACAAAGGUGGAAAGAAGCGGUUUGAAGUAAAAAAGUGGAAUGCAGUGGCGCUUUGGGCAUGGGAUAUUGUUGUUGAUAAUUGUGCCAUCUGCAGAAACCACAUAAUGGAUCUUUGCAUUGAGUGCCAGGCAAAUCAAGCCUCAGCCACCAGUGAAGAAUGCACAGUUGCAUGGGGCGUAUGUAAUCAUGCCUUUCAUUUCCACUGUAUCUCUCGUUGGUUGAAGACAAGGCAGGUCUGCCCCUUGGACAACAGGGAAUGGGAGUUCCAGAAGUAUGGACACUGAUACUAUGUGGAGGUCCUGCUGUAAAGGACAAUGUCUUAUGAAUUAAGAAAUUCCAGACUCCUUUAAAGAUAGAGAUUUGUACUCUAGAGAUACAAAUAGAGACUUGUAAAUAUUACCAAAGCAGACUUGUGUAAAUAUUUAUCAUCUUAUAAAACACUUUCAUACUUUAGAGCUACCAACCUAAAACAUCUUAGUUGUCAUGGUAGUAUGAAAACAAAUCAGAAUUAAUAAACAAUAAAUUGAAAAAAACAAAAGUAAACUAUAAAGAGCAGAAGCAUACAAGUAUUUUGUAUUAAAUAAUACAAGCAUUUUGCAUUAAAUAAUACAAGUAUUUUGUAUUAAAUAAUACAAGUAUUUUGCAUUAAAUAAUACAAGUAUUUUGUAUUAAAUAAUACAAGUAUUUUGUAUUAAAUAAUACAAGUAUUUUGU